GCAGAGUCAAAUAUGUCAUCUCCACCUACAAAGUCAAGCUCUGAGAGCCUCUCUUCCCAGUCUGGAAUGGAAACACAGCCUGUGCUGUCAGAAAGUUCAGAAGACAAUGAAGAAAAUUCCACAAAAAAUCCAUUUACAAUCCCUCCAGAUAUCGAUAUCUUCUCAAUAAGGGACAAGGAAAGAGAAAAGGCUAAGAAGGAACGUGAAAGGAGCAAGACCAUGAAAAUACAUGAGAAAAUGACCUAUUCCACGAAGAUAAAUGUAAAGCAAAAGGGGCUCAGGAAAGCUCUCCAGAAAGAGGAAGAAAAAGAGGACAGAAAACAGGCAGCAGAAACAGAGAGACUGAAAGCUUAUCAGGAUAGUCUUUCAUGGAAGACAGCCCUCACCAAAGAUCAGCAUUUAGAAAAAGAGAGCUUUCGUGACUAUGUAAACAACAGGAGACAGAUAUUUUUACUUGAGUAUACCAUGGCAGUAAAGAGGGAUGAGAUUCAGAGGCUGGAGAAGUUAGCGAAGACAGAGGAAAGAAAACUGGAAAAGGCUGAACACUACCUGGAAAAGGAUGCUGUCAUGUUUGAUGAGUUCCUGAAGGAGAAUGACAAAAAUUCUGUUCAAGCCCUGAGAAUUGCUGAAAGAGAAACUGCAGCAAAGACAGAGAAAAUAAUGGAGAUCCAAUCGAUUACUUCACAAAUAAUGAACCUCGAAAGUGACAUAUCCAAAUUUGAGGACACUUUGCAGGAGUACAAGAGGUACAGGGACUUCCUCUAUCAACUAUCUCCAAAAGAGUGGCAGGAAGAAUAUGCAAAAAAGCAUGCAAAAGAAAGGGAGUCGAAAACAGCUUCCAAAGCUAAAGAAGAAAGUGCCUCUCCUCACACUACUGCGGAGAAGGGUAAGUGCCAGGGAAGAGCUUCCCAAUCCUUGCUUGGACAGUCCCACACUCUAAGUAUAUGUCCCUUCUUCUCUCCAGGCCAGGAUCUGACAGUCAGGACAAAAGCUGCUCAUCUCUCUAGUACCAGCUGUUUAGAUGCACAAAGCUCUCUGUUGUCUUCUGAAAGUUCGGAUUUCAGGUUAUUAUGUGAGAUCGGGCCAGAGUUCAAAGACUUUCUGAAGCCUCUAUCAACAGUAGAACUAAGUUUAGUGGAGGAUCAAGAGAGCGAAACCUGCUCGGAUGAGGAGGAUGAGCUGGAAUUGUAUUUUACUGACCCCCAGCAACUGCUGUCUAUUUUCACGGAGCUGGAGGAACAGAACUUAUCCCUCAUCCAGAAUUCCCAGGACACUGAGGAAACUUUGGACGAGCUCCGACACACUUUAAUUGCCACAAGUAACAGGAUGGACCAGGAGAUAGAGCAGCUGAAACAGCUUACGGCCACUGUCAAAUCCUCUAUUGCCAAAGAAGAGAAGACUGCAGCAGACCUGAAGCUCAGAGUUCGCGUCUUUUCCUUUGGAGAAUACAAAGCUGAUGUCCAGGACAAAAUGCUUGCGAACCUGAACAAAAAGGUGCUGGAAGUCUAUCGCCGCUGCAUUGGAGAAAAUGAGGCAAACCUAGGGACGCUGCAGAUGCUAGCAGUGAUAGAAAAACAGAUGGAUGACUUACUGGAGUGCCUAGAGAGAAUCCCGUCAGCAAAGAUAGAACAGGCUGAGAAAGCUAAAGAAAAAGAACGGAGGAUAAGGCUCAGAGAGGAAAAGAUAAGACAACAGAAGCUACUACAGGAGGAAAGAUUGCAACGGGCCCUGGCAAGAGCACAGGCAGAUAUAAAGAAAAAGACUGGCAGGAGACUGGUGUUCCGCUCUGACCCACCUGCCAAGAAGGAGAAGCAACAGCAGACCCAAGAACAAAUGGAUGAAGAGAAGCAAGAACAACUCUAUUAUUUUACUUGACAGGCACAGCCUUAAUCACAACAUGUAGGGUUGAUAAGGUUUUAGAAAACUGUAUUCUGUAUAUGUACAGUCUGUUAAGGGUCUAAGUCAUCUGUUCUGUUUACCAGCUUCACAGCCCCACAAAAUUCCCUACCUUCUCCUCCCCCAAGAUCCCAGGUAAUCAUUUCUUUUUCUAUAUUGAUUAUUCACCUAAGAAAAUAAAUUAAAACUCUCCUUCAUUUUGCUUCUCAGGUCCCUGCUAGCAACAAGGCUUUUCUCAUUCAGCUUUUGCAGCAAAUAGCAGUAUCCCUACAAACCCGACUAGUGAGAUUUGUCAUAUUCCUGAGUAACAAUCUUUCUUACAGCGAGACUAAGCUAAGCACCUGCCAGUUAUUAUAAAUGCCAAGCUGGUCAAUGACUAUAAAAAUGAAAACAGUGCCUUAAUCCAAAUGACUGGGAAGGAUGGGUUUCAUUAUAGACUCCACCUCACAACUACUGUGGGGAAAAUGUGGGCAAAGGGGGGAAAAAAAAACCAAAAAACAACACACAAGCCCUGCAAAAAGCAAGCUGUUGACCAUUAGCUUUGUGUCAGAUGCAUCCACACCAAUAACACUACCAGUGACAAAGUGACCAUAAAAAAAAGCUUUAUUAACCCUUUUGCACCAGCAGUUCUUCAUGUAUCCAUUGCCAGCAACGGACUUCAAGCCAAGUGAUCCAAUUUUCGGCCCCAAGAGGUUAGCACUUUACAUUCAUUUACAAAGCUGAGUGAGGUACAUUUUCAGAAGUAGAAAGAUUCAGUUGCAAGUCCCAUAAAAAGAUGGAGUGUUCCUUGGCCAUUUUAUUAGAUUAAGAACUGGUAUGGUCCUUGAGAACAGAAUGGAGGCAUUGGGAGCUUAAGGAGUCUCUGCUUCCCGGGAGAGCACGGUGACCACUAGAGCAAGACCGAGUAGUCCCUUCAACAAGAUUCCUCCUCAGCCUUUCUACCUCUCGGGAGUGGACUCCAGCCAUCAGACAGAUGAUCUCCCCUACCAAUUAGUUUGGUUUGGAAACCCCUCCUGAGAGGGUUAAGAAAUUUCCUGGACUUAAGCUGUAAAUUCAGGAUGAGAAGAACAGAGACCCUAAUGCUCAGUUACUGAAGCUAAAGAUAGAAAAAUAAAACUGGUUCAACCAGAGAAUAAAAUACUCCCUACAAAUCAGGAUCUGAAGUUGACUGUAACCUGUAUACUUUUUUUUUUUUUUCAA